UGCGAUGUUGGGGGGAGUGGAUUCGGGGUGGUGUGAGGUGGCGGUUGAGAGGUUUUGGUUGAAUGGAUGAUGAGGGGAAGGAUGGUGACGAGGGUGGUGCAUCGUGCGUAGAGGAUGAGGUUGCUACGAAGAGGCUGCUUGUGAACGGCUGCGACAGACUGCGUACGACGAAGGGGAGAGACGAAGAGACCGGGGUGUUUACACUUCGCUUGAAGUCAGCGAUGGUGGGAGAAGGUGAAGAACCAGGAUACGCUAAUCGGGUGGGAGGGCAGACACUACGUGAAGCAACCGGAAGGGAAGAUGUUGGGCCCACAGUAGUCACGGGAUCGCCACCUGCCACGCUGUCGCCGCCAUCGCCUCCGCUUCAGCUGCCCACGUGGCCUCCCCCAGCUUCGCCAAUCGGCCACCUCGGCAACCAAUCUGCGUUGCGCCCCUAUUUAUCGGCUCUACUCAACAAAACAUCAUCCUUAACUCCGCAUCCAGUGCCCAUGAUCGAAGCUCCCUCCUUGUCGCCUCAGUCGGGAGCGGGCUCUGAGCAGGGAGAAGAUCUCGUUGGAAGUUCCUUGCAGCCGUCCUUCGCCUCCGGCCAUGACUUGCAAGUAGGUGAGAGUCAGAUUCUGUUGUCCCAGCACAGUCCGAUACUUCCAGGUUUGAUCGAAGGAGACAUACAAGGAGGCAAGGACUCUCUGCAGCUGUCUCCAUCAUCAUCAUCAUCAUGGGGCAAUAGACAAGACCAGGUGCAGGUCCAGGGAGCUGCUGCCGCACCAAGCGGUGCUCCCACUGCUGGUUUAGAAGUUCAACAUGGUGCAUAUUCCAACGGUACCAGUGCUGCUCCUUCCGGAAGCUCCCCCGAAGCAAACCCUUACGGCCAAAUCUAUUAUGCGCCUGACCUUGAUCGAGACAACGGGGCACUUUUCAAUCACCCCAGUGUACCCCUGCUAUUCACACCACUACUGCUGUACUGGACGGUGCUGAUCCGAAUGUCCUGUGACCUCUAUGUCUAAGGAUGAGAAAAAGGGUCGGAACGUGUACAUAACACCGAACUUGGGAUUGUGGACUAACGGUGAGCCGUGUAGCAUCAUCUUUCGAAUGUUCGACAGGUCCUCCAGCCGCUCUGCCCCUCUCCGGAUGAGUGUUUGAGUCAUCUCUGAAGCCGGAUUGGAUCUCUCCGCGCUCUGCAAUGUGAUAAUUGCGUCAAGAAUGUGGAAUGAUGCCUUCGUGAACAACCGACUCGCAGGGCAUAUUCACACUACAAGUAGCAUUGUUGCAGCUGUAUAUAACCGAAAUUGCGGCCAGAUGCGGUCAAAUAGCCCGACUCGGAGUGGAUGCUCCCAACUUAGCAGACAUCAACAGUCCAGAUUCAGUGACGGCAGAGCAUUGAUGGGAAUAGAAAUGUGGCCGCGAUUAAUUGAGGAAACUGCAGUGCGAAAGUGACUGUUUGUUGUUCGGAUACGAUCAUACAUGAACCAAGUUAACAGCCCGCUCACGGACUCGAACGAGAAAAUGACAACUGUAGCAGAGGCAGAGAGUGAGACAUUAUCAUGUGCCGAGUAGGACGCCAAGCCAAGUGCCAAGUUGGACAUUCAUUGGCGGAGGCCCGAGGGGACAACAUCAGCUUGUACUGGAUGGCAUGUAAAGAGAGUGAUGGAAGGGUGGGGCUGAUGAAUGGACUACAGCCAACCACGUGAUUAAGGCAUGGAGCGACGGGUGUUGUUAGGGGGCCAAUCAGUAGCAGAUAUCAACAACUGGAAUUGGAGCAAUGUCCUUUGACAGUCUGUGAUCGCAAGUGCGCUCUUUUGUCUGCUCCGCAAACAGACAUGACAGAGCACAUGAAUGGAAUGAGGGAAGAUACAAAGAAAGAAAUUGACCACGGAGAGUGAGGAUCAUCUGGCGAUUAGUUUUUGUCCUUUUUUCCGAUUGUACGUGUGUGUGUGCGUGUGUGCGUGUGUGCGUGUGUGCGUGUGUGUGUGUUUGUGCGUGUGUGCCUGUGUGUGUGUAUAAGAGAGAGAGAGAGAGAGNAGAGAGAGAGAGAGAGAGAGAGAGAGAGAGAGAGAGAGAGAGAGAGAGAGAGAGAGAGAGAGAGAGAGAGAUUGUCGGUUGUCAAUCCCUCAUGCAAAGAGGUUCGGGACUUGGGUGGGGAAUGUUGGUUUUGAAAGUCACAACAAUC